AUGGAGCUGGGAGUGCCAAUCAGUGCUGGGGGACCUUCUGUCUCCCACCUCCUUUAUGCUGACGAUAUUCUCUUUUUUGCAGGUGCUUCAAUCCCCAAUGUUAAGAAGAUCAAUGCUAUUCUUGAAGACUAUUGUAGCUGGACUGGACAGAGAGUCAACAAUGGCAAAUCUGCCAUUCUUUUUAGCAAGAGGACUUCAUCCACUACUAGAUCUCGGUUAGCUAAGAUGAUUGGCUGCUGUAAAGUUGCUGAGAUGGAGUACUUGGGUGUCAAAUUGGCGCUGAGGAGGCUUUCUAGGAAGGAUUUCACUCCACUGAUUCAGAAGGCCAGAGCUUGUACGUUGUCCUGGGGAAUCCGUCAUUUGUCUUUGGCUGGACAGGUUACAUUGAUUAAUUCAGUUUUAUUACCUUUAUCAGUGUAUAUGGUGACACAUACUGGUGUGCAGAGAGCUGUUCUUAAUGAUAUUGAGAAGAUUUGUCACAGCUUUUUUUGGGAUAGACAUGCUACACAUAAAAGCAUGCACUAUACUUCAUGGGAGAGCAUGGUACGUCCAAGAUGCAAGGGUGGCCUUGGUUUUCAUACUGGUGACAACUGGGUUGGACCAUUGAGAGCUCGCAUUACUUGGGAGUUUAUUUGCAAACCAUUGGAGCUUUUCCAGAAAUAUAUGAGGCAUAAAUAUGGGGAUAAUCCGUGGCAUUAUGAUGGGAGGAAGGGGAGCUCUAUCUGCUGGAAGAUUAUCUGUGAAGGAGCCCAUUUUAUUCUUAAAGGAAUUGGAUGGAAUAGGCCAAAACUUCUUCUUUGUUUUGGAGAAUUGCUGGUGGACAUAAUCUGUGGAAUUUCGAUUGAAAAUGGGUUGUCUACUUAUUCUAUUGAAAUGGUGAAGAGCCCACUUGGUUCAACAAUUUCUACUAUGGUUUAUAAUAGUUGUUUCAUGGAAGAUGAUGAUCCUAUUUGUCUUAUUUUUAAAAUCAGGAUGAGGCCUAGGAAGAAAUUGUUUUGGUGGAGAUUAUAUAAAGACAAUAUCCCAACUAAUGGUUGGCUUUGUAGACGGUGUCUUUCUGCUGAUUCUUCUUGCCCUUUGGGAUGUGGUGAGGUGGAGGACAUAAAUCAUAUUACAUGUAAUUGCAAGAAGCUCCGGGAUGUCCUAACUGUUCUGGAAAACUGGGGAUUGGUGGUUCCUCGGUUUUGUUCAUUUGAUGAGCUAUGGGAUUCCAUUGGGAAGUUUGCUGAUAUGAGGUAA